AUGAAAUUGUUCAAACGUCGUAGGGCGGUGACGACUACACCGAGUUCGAAGCCCCCGGCUCAGCCGGCAUUAGCUGCCACUACUCCAGCACUGAUGGAGCAGGACCACGUGCUAGCUGGUCCCGGGGGAUCCCAGGCACCUGCAUCAUCAGAUUCUUCGGUGGUGCAGCCUGUUAGCACUAGGCGGCCGUACCGGCCCGCCAGCACCACCGACACCACAUCGACCGACGGUAUUGGUGCCUCGGGGGCACCGCCAAUAUUGUCCUAUCCCUUCGCUGAAGACGGCGAAGGUCACCCGGGUGACCAACAGUAUCCGGGACUCCGAUCCACAAUCCGUUGA